AUGUCGGAGCCCGAGGAGGAGCUGAGUCAGCAGAAAGACAGCACGAAGAAGAAGAAGAAGAAGACAGACAAACGGAGCGGGAAGAAGAAGAAGAAGAAGCCGAGGGAGAGACGGGAAGAAGAGGAAGAGGAGCAGCAGCUGGAGGAAGAGGAGGAAAAGGAGCACAGUGAAUGUGUCGUGCUGCGUGGGAUCUUCAGACUGGGGAAGAAGAGUCACGACGUCCUGCUCACCCGAACCAGACUGAGCUGGACCCCCAUCACGCCUGAGACCCCCACAGCUGGUGAGCCAUGUGUAACACAGCCAGGUGUGCUGCUGCUGCAGGACGUUUAUGCAGUGAAGGUGAAGCGGCGGCGAGCAGCAGGCCAGGAGUCGGGGGGAGCCGUGCUCGGCGUGGCCCUCUUCUGCUGCAAGAGGACAGGGAGGAAGCUGGAGGUGGACACGCUUCACCUCAACAACGCCUCCGCGGAACACACACAAACCUGGUACAACACCCUGAGGGAGCUGCUCACAGGGUUCAAUCGUCCCAGGUACCUGAAGGUCUUCAUCAACCCCAGCAGCCACAAGAAGGAGUCUGUGCACAUCUACAGAGAACACGUGGCUCCGCUCUUCAAGAUGGCCGACGUCCGCACCGACAUCACGGUGACAGAGAGAAAGGGUCAUGCUCUCUCAGUGAUGAAGGAAUGCAAGCUGGAUGAAUAUGAUGGGGUGGUGUGUGUUGGCGGUGAUGGCUCGGUGGCGGAGCUGUGUCACUCUCUGGUCCUCAGAGCUCAGCUGGAUGCAGACUCCCCAGAGAAACCAGUGAAACAAGUGCUGCCGCUGGGGAUCAUUCCUGCAGGCUCCACAGAUGUGGUUUCCUGUUCUGUUCAUGGAGUUAGAGAUCCGGUCACAGCGGCGCUCCACAUUGUUCUGGGUCACCAGCAGCAGGUGGACAUGUGCAGCUUCUCGUCUCUCGGUCAGUUGGUGUGUUUUGGUUUCUCCGCCAUGUUUGGCUUCGGCGGGCGGAGCUUAGCGCGGGCGGAGAAGAAGAGGUGGAUGCCGUCAUCCCGGCGACGAGAGUACGCCCUAUUGAAGACGCUGGCAAGACUAAAACCGGAGGACUGUCAGUUGUCUUUCCUCCCAGCGAAGAAAUCAAGCGGGAGUCUGUCUGAACAUCGGGACCAGGAUCUGGACCAGGAUCCAGAGGAGACCUGGAUGACCAAUCAGGGCCUGUAUCUGAACAUCAGCAUCAUGUCCAUCCCCUGUCUGAGUCCACAUGCACCUCGAGGACUCGCUCCUAACACCAGUUUGGCCAAUGGCAGCGCAACGCUGACCGCAGUGGGAAACACUUCCAGGUCAGAGUUUGUCAAACACCUGAAGAGAUACAACAGCUCCAGUGGACAGUUCAGCUUCUCGUUCGUGGAGACGCACGACGUGUCAGCGGUGAGAGUCCGUCCCCGCUCACUCGUUGGCUGGUCGGAAGAGGAGAGCGAGGAGGAGAGCGACUCCAAAACAACACCCAUCAUCCAAUCAGAGGGCGCCGCCUUCCCCUGGAAUAUCGAUGGGGAGCUGGUUGAAAUUGCUAACGAAGUACUCAUCAGGGUCCACCCACAGCUCAUCACGCUGUACGGGGACGAGGUGGAUGAGGCCGAAACAACCGUCACCUGCAGUUGUAUCUGA